AUGAAUAUACUUGAUUUACCUGACGAAAUGUUACUUGCUAUUUUCAACAAAAUGAAUAUGAUUGAUGUACUUUAUUCACUUGUGGGUGUAAAUCAGCGACUUGAUCAAUUAAUAUUCGACCCUCUUUAUAUUUGUCAUCUCAAUGUCAGGGUCAAUUCGUUGCUCAAUAGUAACUCUAAUAUAGCUAAUCACAUUCUCGAUCGCAUCUGUGAAAAAAUCAUUCCUUGGGUUCAUCAUAAAAUAGCCAAGCUAACCGCUCAACCACUUUCAAUAGAACGUAUACUUUACCGUAUGAAUUAUCCUCAACUUCACUUUGUAUCACUUGUUGAUUUUGGGCAAGCAAUACUUGUUCAACAUUUAACCGGUGAUACAAUACUUCGUCGUCUUUUUAUUAAUCAAAUUACACAUCUUAAUGCUGAAAUCAACGAUGAUACAACAAGAGAAUUAUCCGACGAAAAUAAUUCAAAUAUAUUUGAAUUAAUAUUGUCUUUGGGUAAAUGUCUAAUUGAUUUGACUUUUAGUCAAUCAUUUCGUGAUAGAGAAUUCGAAGUUCCAACUCUAAAUAUAACAUCAACUGGUUGCGUAUCUUUAACUCUAACCAAAUUGAAAAUUAAAGUAAAUACUUUUGAUGAUUGUCUUUAUGUUCUCGAUGGACGUCUUCAAUGCUUGUCUACAUUCAUUAUUGAUAUAUUUGAAAUUUUCGAUUCGUCAGCAAUUAUAGACAAUACAAAAAAGUUACCCAAAUUGAUAUGCUUCUCAUUGACGUCGAAAUGUUACACAAAAUUUUAUGAGAAUGGGAUUGUUUCAUUAUUACGUCGAAUGUCAAAUCUUGAAGAACUAACAUUAUUUCUUUCAAUAGAAAGAACUGAACCGACUUACAUCGUCGAUGGCAUUCAGUUACAUGAUGAAGUUCUUAUUUUUAUGCCACAAUUAAAUAAACUUACUUUUAGUAUACACACUCUUGUUAUCAAUAAAUAUGUUACAAUUGAUCUUCCAUCGAAUGAUGAUAUUCAACAUAGUUUCAUUAAAAGAAAAUAUCAAUCAGUUGAUUCAUAUGCCGAUGAUAAAUUUACAAACAGCGAAAGCAGAUGCCAUAUCUAUUCACUUCCGUACCAAUUUGAUACUUUUCUUCAUCUGGCCAACUGUUUUCAAGGUGGUAUAUUCGAUAAAGUUCGAUCGUUGGCAAUGACCGAUCAGCGUCCAUUUGAACAUGAAUUAUUUGAUAAAAUUUCUCGUGACUUUCCUUUUCUUCAGGAAUUAAUCGUGCUGAAUUCUAAACCACAAAAAAAUAAACAACGCACGUCUAAAUUGAUUACAUUUUUUCAUCUAGUCGAACUCGAUCUUCAAAAUGUACAUACUGAUUAUGUUGAACAAUUUCUCGUGGAAACAAACACUUGUUUACCUCGUUAG